UGCGCCACCAUGCAGGCGGGACUAGGCGAAAAGAAUACGAACUGAGUCGCUUCAUGAGACUUGCAUGCGUCCCCGGCAUCAUCCUGACUUGACAUUUCGGCCUGACAUUUUCACAACCAGGAUCCCCCCCACCGUCGCCGGCUGUCAUCGUCCUCGACGCUGGACCAUAUUAACCCUGAGCAUGCACACGGCACUCAUGCGAUAACCUGCAUGAACGGCUUACUUGUCGAAGCCAUAGACAUUCCUCGAACUCGACCCGCAUCAUGGACUCUCCAAGGCCGGGAGUUGACCUGGAGAAGGAGUUGACAUGCUCGAUCUGCACCGAGGUCCUCUUCCAGCCCUUGACACUGCUGGACUGCCUGCACACCUACUGUGGUUCUUGUCUGAAGGACUGGUUCUCAUGGCAAGCGACGAUAGCUGAAAGCUCACCGAACCCACCACCACCUGGCACGACAGUUGCCACAUGCCCGUCAUGCAGGGCUUCCGUCAGAGAUACGAGGCACAAUGCCACGGUCGCGACGCUGCUGGACAUGUUUCUCACAGCCAACCCGGACAAGACACGCACCGAUGAGGACAAGGCGGAAAUGCUGGAGAAAUACAAGCAGGGCGACGACGUGCUGCCAAGAAUACGAGCCCAGGAGAAAUCUCACGAAGAGAGACGCUUGGAACAACUGGAAAGGCAGAUGCUGGACCAGGCAAGAGAAAUGAGCCUAAGAGCGGAUCUGGGAGUCGAGUCGCCAGGGCCAAGCCAUCAUCGACGCAGAAGAGAGCACCAAAUACGGCAGCAAGAUAGCUCUCAGUCAGACAGAGACAGUAGCCGAGAUUCGAGAACUCGCGAUGCGCGCCACCAUAGCAGAAGAGAUGGAGAGAGGAGACAGCGCGCUGAGUCAAACGGCAACCUACGACCGGCCGAGGAGAGCCGCCGUGGACGAAGCGAAUCACAACACAGGUCACGCGACUCAUCGAGGACGAGGAGGGCCAGGCCGAUUGAGCAUCAAGCAUCUAUAAGGUCACUGCUUAGCUCUUCCAGUGUCGACUCACUGGACAUAGAAAGAGAGAUCGAGGAGUUCGCCCGACAGAUACAGGAAGAGGGACUGCUGGAAGGACUGGACCUCGACAACAUAGACUUGAGCCGGAACGACGAGCUAAGCAAAAGGAUAACGGAAGCCUAUCGAAGAAGGCAAACUCAGAGGGUACGGCAAGAGUCGUCUAGAAGACCGGCCACCAGCGCUCAUUCUAGUCGCACAGAUCUAGCGGCGUUGAGUCCUAGGCCCCUAAAUGUGGAUAGGUCCAGAGCAAGCAGCCGGCAGAGAGCGAAUUCGGAAAACACGAGAACUUCAAGCAUGACAAGCCAGAUCGAUCUGAGGAGCCGACCCCCCAUCACGGCAACACACCUGGAAGUGAGAGGUCCCGAGAGGCGAAGGAGGCGGACAUCUAGCGGUGCGCGAAGUGCAACAGAACCUAUCAGGCCGCGCACUGCGGAUGUAAAGCCGGCGGCAAGGUCGCAAACCGAUCUCACACUGCGGGAUCGGAACCACGAAGUCGAACGUCGGCGCCCUUCCUUUGGAGACAGGAGCUCCAGCAUGCCAACCACCACCCCCGGAAAGCAGGCUACAGUAGGCCUCGGGCUGUCGUUUGGCGAGCGUGCGGCCACGGCGAUAAACACAGCGCCGCCUGCCGAACUUGACAGCGGUACAUCAACGCCUACGGCCAGCAGCACGCGUGUGAAGCAACGCCCGGCCAGCCUGGUUGUGGUGCCUCAAAGCCCACUACCCAGUCUUGGUGCGCCCGUGUCUCCUGUAAGCGGUCAUCACAGAGCCAGGUCACAGUUCUACCAGGAACCAUCGAUCGCAUGUGCCCGCUGCAGUAAGACUCAUAUCGAAUAUGAUCUUCACUACAACUGUGGGAAGUGUAGAAGUGGAAAUUGGAACAUCUGUCUAGACUGCUAUCGACAGGGUAAAGGUUGCUUGCACUGGUUCGGAUUCGGAUAUUCUGCGUGGCACAAGUGGGAAAAGGCUCGCGCAAAUGGACAUCCAGAUCUGGAAAGGCCUCACAUGCUCACGUCGAAUCGGUUCACCCCGCCAAAAGUUUUACCUGGCGGUGCAGAUGGUCGGCGAACGCUGACAACAGAUGACCCUAUGCGAAGACUUCAGAUGGGCGUCUUCUGCUCAGGGUGCUUGGCCUGGGCCAACGGGUGCUACUGGCGCUGUGAGUUAUGUAACGAAGGUGACUGGGGCUUCUGCAACGACUGUGUCAAUCAAGGUCGAGGCUGUACACACGCCCUGCUGCCCUUGACCUACGUAUCACCUUCGGGCAACUCUAAGUUUCCACCUAGCCCUCGCGUGCCCGAUCCACCGCCGUCGGCCAGUCUCUAUACUGGGCCUGACGCAGUCUCCAUGGGCAAUUUCAAGCCCUUGACUUUUACUACAACAUGCAGCGUGUGCCAAACUGCCAUGGCAUCUGCCCAAGAGAGGUUACACUGCUAUACAUGUUCGCAACCUGUUGUAUCAGUUGGCAGUACAGUCGCCGAUACGCACCUGGGAGAGUACGAAAUAUGUGUUGGUUGUUAUCACAAAUUGGAAAAGGAUGGACGCAUAGCUGCGGACAACGGUCAUCUCGGCUGGAGGCGCUGCCUCGAUGGUCAUCGCAUGGUCAUGAUCAAUUUUCAGGUUAGCAACGGCGGAGAACGACGUCAGAUCACGCAAGACCUUGUGGGUGGUUGGGACUUGCACAUGGAGCCAUACAAGUCGCCUACCCCGGGUUUCCAGGUAUGGCAGUGGAGAGGAGCCAGUGGGAUUACCCUUGAGAGGCUGGUGAGCACUGAUGUAGCCGCUGCUUCGCCCCAGGGAGGAUCAUGGACAGAACUUUUUCCUCCUGCAGGCGGCAUGGGUAUGAAGGCCGCGGCUAAAUGGUCAUGGUAUCCUGACGCUGGCUCUAAUGAUGAGCUUAUGUUUCCAAAGGGGGCCGAUAUCAGGGAGGUGGAAGAUGUGAAUGGGGAGUGGUAUUUCGGGACCUACAUGGGGAAGAAGGGUCUAUUCCCGGCUCCAUUUGUACGAGUCACUGAAAGUUGACCCGACAUUCAAGACCUGCUGAAAAAGGGGCAGAGAUUGAG